AGGAGGGACCCGGAAGCAGAAGCGGAGCCGCGAGUCGAGCCGAGCCGCUGCCCCCGCUGCCCGCCGGCGCCGGGUGGGGGUCCCGGCGGCUGGAUGGGCAGCGGCGGCGCGGGCCGCGGGCGGCGAUGGGCGAGGAGCAGAGCACGGUGAGCGGCGGCGGGCCGCAGGAGGCGCGGGGCCCCGCCGGCGGCGCCACGGGCCACCCCGAGCCCCCGAGGCCACGGGGGGACAGCGCCGGGGCGCCGGGGCCGCACGCCGCCUCCGCCGAGCCGAGCGGCGGUGGCUGCGGAAGCGACUCGGGCUGCGCGGACACCAGCGCCCCGGAGCCCGCGGGGAGCCGGGGGGGCCCGGACGGGAGGAAGAGCCGAGCGCCGGGGCAGCCCACGGGACUGGCACUUACCGGGCCCCUCAACCCCCAGACUUUGCAGCAGCAGCUGGAAGAGGAGGAGGAAGCAGGGGGCCGAGACGAGGGAGGGCAUGAACAGCAGCAGGACGUGCCCCUGGGCGAAGAGCCGGAGCCCAGGACCCGCGUCGGGGCCGCGGACGAACUGGUCUUGGACGUGCUGGGUCAGCGGCGCCCAAUCCCCGCCAAGAGACAAGUCUUCUGCUCCGUGUUCUGCGUGGAGAACGACCUGCCCGAGGCCCCCACCGCGGAGCAGCCCUCGCCACCCGCAUCUUCACCUCGGGCUCCGCCGGUGACGAACGUUCCCAGCACCCCCACCUCCUUCCCCAGCCCCCGGCUGUCCCUCCCGACGGACCCCUUGUCCCCCGACGGCGGCAGCAUCGAGCUGGAGUUCUACCUGGCGCCCGAGCCAUUCUCCGUGCCCAGCCUGUUGGGAGCUCCACCCUACUCUGACCUGGGUGGGGUAGGGGAUCCCUAUGUGCCCCUCAUGGUGCUGAUGUGCCGGGUGUGCCUGGAAGACAAGCCCAUCAAGCCCUUGCCCUGCUGCAAGAAGGCCGUGUGCGAGGAGUGCCUCAAAGUCUACCUGAGCUCCCAGGUACAGCUUGGCCAAGUAGAAAUCAAAUGCCCUAUCACAGAAUGUUUUGAAUUCCUGGAAGAAAGAACGAUUACCUAUAACUUAACACAUGAAGAUUCCAUCAAAUAUAAGUACUUCUUGGAACUUGGCCGUAUUGAUUCCAGCACCAAGCCUUGUCCUCAGUGCAAGCACUUUACAACCUUCAAGAAAAAAGGACAUAUUCCCACCCCUUCCAGAUCAGAAAGCAAAUACAAAAUCCAGUGCCCCACUUGCCAAUUCGUCUGGUGUUUUAAGUGCCACUCUCCUUGGCAUGAAGGUGUUAACUGCAAGGAGUACAAAAAAGGGGACAAGUUGUUGCGUCACUGGGCCAGUGAAAUCGAGCAUGGGCAGAGGAAUGCCCAGAAGUGUCCAAAGUGCAAGAUCCACAUCCAGAGAACUGAAGGAUGUGACCAUAUGACCUGCUCACAAUGUAACACUAAUUUUUGUUAUCGAUGUGGGGAAAGAUACCGCCAGCUCCGGUUCUUUGGAGACCACACUUCAAACCUCAGUAUAUUUGGAUGCAAAUAUCGCUACCUCCCAGAGAGACCUCAUCUAAGGAGAUUAGUGCGAGGGUCGGUCUGUGCUGGAAAAUUAUUCGUUGCACCUCUAAUCCUGGUCUUGGGAUUAGCACUAGGGGCCAUAGCAGUUGUAAUCGGUUUAUUUGUAUUUCCUAUCUAUUGCCUUUGUAAAAAACAGAGAAAACGAUCACGGACAGGAAUGCACUGGUAAAAUGCAGAAUGAUUUCCUGUAACUAAGCCGGUCUGGGUAGGAGCCACACAGAAUGGCACACCGUCUGAGAGUCACGUCUUGAAAAACACUGCGUCCAGUCUCCCUGUGGUUCUCUGCAGGCCACAAUGCCUCUGGCUCCGGUGCGCUCCCCACAUGGUAUCCUGUCCUUUCCUUAUACAGUUUGCUGCUGUUAAAAAAUGGUCACUUUCAUAGACUAUAAAUAUCUGUAACAUAACUCUGACACUCUUACUGGUUCUUGGAAGAAAAUAUUUUAAUUAAGAGCCAGUUAUCCUCAGAAUUAUCUGAGCAUGCCUCUCCCGAGCACUGUUUGGACUGUCUUUGUACCUAACCCCCCUUCCAGGCCCUCUUCUGAGACUUGGUGUGAAUAGCGGAAGUCAUCCCACCUGUACCAAUAAGCAAGGCCACUUUUCAGAAGAUAAAGGCCGGCCGUAUGUACCUGUUUUUAUCUGUGGCCCAAGCAAUGUAAUUCCUUCAUCCUUCCGAUGCUAUAAUUGUUAAAAAUCUCAAUGCCCAAAAGGGAACAAAUGAAACGAAAUUAAUGAGAAGAAUCAUGGGUUGCUGAAGUGUAUAUGUGCAGGGGUGUGAAUGUGUGUGUAUAAUAAGUAUUUGUAUUAAAACUAGGUUCAGUUACCUUGUACUUGUCAAGUUCCAUGCCUCUACACUAUUUUUCCAUAUUUUCAUAGACAUAGUUAAAGAUAAUCGUUCCUUUGUGGGCAUAUUUUGGUAAUGUACUGAAUUAAAGUCAAUGUAGACAACA